GGGGGGAGGAAUUGUCGACGUUUCGGGUGGAGACCCUGCAUCUGUCUUGAUGUUUGAGAUGCUGCCUGACCCGCUGAGUUUGGGUUUCCUUGCUCCAGAUUCCAACAUCUGCGUGCUUGUAUUAGUUUACUCCCUUACGUUCUUGCAUAACCUCCAAGGUCACUGACCGACCAGGAGCCGGGAAGUGACAGUGACCUCAACAGUAGCAUUUCUAGCUGGGGCGAAGUGUCUUGAAUUUCUAUGGUACGAUACAAAAACCCUGAGAGUGGAACAGGCGUGUGUGUAGGACACCGCGGACUCCCACAGAUGGCUGACAGCUCCCAGGAACCGAGGGGAAAUCGAUCAGAAGGGAGAAAGGGGCGGGGUGGGGGGGGGGGGGAACCUGACAGAAAUCAACACAGGGGAGAGCUGUUUUGCAGCGUCGGUGAGUGAUGGGGGGAUUGUGGAGACUCCUUGCCCCUCCUGUGAGCCGGAGAGUGUGAAGCAGCUAAACAAAGGUGGGAGAAUCUUUUAAAGUGUUGACCACACAUAGGCACCCACCGCCAGGAACCUUCACCGCUCCGCUCCGGCUCCAGGAAAUCCCCGGAGACAGCAGACGCCGUGAAAUUAACCAGCGGACGGGUCGAGACGGUGACAGGCUCGAAACUAAGCGGUGGGAACCGGGAGGAAGACCCGCGCCUCCAAUGCAGAGAGGAAAUGCAACCUUUACCCAGAGUCUCUCCUUCUUCCUCUCCACUCCCCUCAGCCUCCUGCAAAACGACCGGAGAGGCUUUUUUCUGUGGCCGCGAACGAUAUUUUGAUUUGAUUUUAAUAUUUUAAAUAGCAUGAUCACCUUGGAACUGUCGAUCCCACAAUUUGCAGAGACUCGCCGGAGUUGGGGAAGCGGGGAGACAAUUGGAUUAAAAUGUAUCGAGCUGGCGGAUGUCGCCAAGUCGAGCCCAGCUGUCGACUCCUUGUUUGUGGUGAAGUCGGGAGUUAAUUCAAGGGUUGGCAAACAACUGGCUAGAAAGCAUAAAAUAAAUAGGUGGCAGUUCCAGGCAUGGACAACACCAUCACCCUGUGGCAGUUCUUGCUGCAGCUGCUCCUGGAGCCCAAGAACGACCACCUGAUCUGCUGGACCUCGAACGACGGGGAGUUCAAGCUCCUGAAGGCCGAGGAUGUGGCCAAACUCUGGGGGUUUCGCAAGAACAAACCCAACAUGAAUUAUGAUAAGCUGAGUCGUGCAUUACGCUAUUAUUAUGACAAGAACAUUAUUAAAAAGGUGAAUGGACAGAAGUUUGUGUACAAGUUUGUGUGCUAUCCAGAGAUAUUAAAGAUGGAUGCCAACAUGGUGGGUAAGGCUGAGAACGGGGUGGAUUCCAGCUUGCCGGAAAUGAGUAGGCCACAGAAGGACAAGGAGAACCAUACCCAGGAGAAAGGAGCAUCGUCUUCCUCCAAGAUCUCCAACCGUAACGAUUACAUUCGCUCGGGCCUUUACUCGUCCUUCACCUUGAAUUCGCUGCAAGCCAACCCAAACAUCUUUAAAUCUAUCAAAAUCGAGAACCCUGCUGAGAAGCUGCCGGAGGAGAAGAAGCAGCUGCCCUGUCAGGAACCGGUGACCGUCAUUAAGUUUGUAACCAACCUGCCAAAAAGACCUUCGCCGCAUCCCGCGGUGGAACCUGCGGUGAUCCCCACGCUGUCCGUGGCCUCGCCGAAGCCUGAGGUGACAGAAGAAACACCAUCCGUGCCGAGUGUGGUGACCUCCUUCACCACCACCCCACCCGUCUCCUCCGUCUCGCCCUCCGCACCUCUCCCUUUGAGUCCCAGCUCCCCCCUCUUAACCUCUUCUUUUGACCCCCCUGACAACCUACCCAUCGAGGCUGAGCUGACCACCAGCCCAUCGGAUCACCUGACGCAACCGCUGGAGCCCUCCUCUGACGGGGAAGAUCCAUCGCAGGACAGCGCGGAAGCAAAACAUCAGAAGGGCAGGUCAAAGAAACCCAAGGAGCUGGAACUUGCCCCUGCACUGGUCAUCACCAGCAGUGACCCGAGUCCCCUAGGCCUACCGAGUCCUCCCCUGCCGGCAGCAUCUCUAACACCAGCCUACUUAACUCAGACUCCGUUCUUGCUGACUCCCAGUCCGCUGCUCUCUAGCAUACACUUCUGGAGUACUCUUAGUCCUGUGGCCACUCUCAGUCCAGCCCGGUUGACAGGAACCAGCACUUUAUUUCAAUUUCCUAACAUAGCCAACAGCCACAUGCAGAUCCCAUUCUCAAGUGUGGAUGGCUCUUCAACUCCAGCCUCCCUGUCUCCAGAUCUUCAAAAGGCCUAAUCAGGGAGCACACGACUCAAGAAUUCGCUUUGACAAGGCUACAAGAGGAUCUGCCACAUUAAGACUGUGAGGUCCUGUGGUGACAACUGCCAAUAUAAACUGAAGUUUCUGGCAACCUAGUCUUUGAGAGUUCUCCACUGGCAGCAGUGAUCAGGAAGGAUGGGCCUUAACCCUGAACAGUGCUGGAUGCUGAUGUAACUAAAGCAACAACAAUAUCCAUGUUACUUCUUUCUGAAUUUGAUUUGGAAUCCACUGCUUUUACUUAUUCCACUUAUUCGAACAGUGAAAUUGUUUGAUGGCUUAUCAAUGCAAGUGAUAGGAGGUAGACAACUUUUGCAUAUCUCGAGAUUUCAGUGACACUAUACCUGUGCCAAAUUCCUUUAUUUUGUUUGGAAGCUCCUCCUGUAUAGACCUUGCAUGUAGGUUUGAGGAACUUAUAUCCAAGGAGCCAGUGACGUGUACUUAGAUCUGUGUUGCUGCUUUUAACUUCCAUUCACUCACGAUUUAAUGGGUUUUAGGGAGGAAGAUCAUGGAUAACUGGAAGACAAGGAGCAGUUCAUAUCCAGCUCUCUUAUUGACUGAGCUGCAAGCAUUGUUAUUCAAUCUUGGGUACGCAACUGACUUCAGGAGACUGGACAUAUGCCCAAUGACACAUCAUUGCUGCGGCUCCCCUCUACAGAUCUGUCUGAUGUUCAUUAUUUAGACCCCAUGCCUUUAAGAAUUAGAGCUGACAAACUGGUGCCUGUCUGGAGUCUGCAUGAUAUAUAUGACAGAUGAUACGAUCACAUGCUGAGCUCCUUCUGCUCAUUGACUUGGGGCCUGCUGUGAGCGCGAUCACUUGGUAAUUCAUGAAUGCCACUCAGGAGCAGAUGGCUAAACUUGCUGUGCAAGGCUGGAGAAUUCCGUUUGCCAAAUAACCAAUGGAAGUUUGCACUGUAGAUCUGGUAGAUUUGAAAAGUAGAAUAUCAUGCCAAGUUCCUAGUAACAGCAUUAGUUUCAUGGAAUAAAAGCAGAAACUACUGGAGGUAUUCAACAGGUCAAGAGCAUCUAUAGAGAG